CACUUUUCUAAAAACUUUUCUUGCAAGAUCUAGCUUUAUUUCUGCCAAGGCUAUAUGGAGGUCAAAAAAGCUAAUAGAAAGAAAACUAAUGGAAAUGUAGGACCUCUGGAUCUCAAUGAACCCAAGAGUAGGAACCAAUACAGCUUUUCGAAGUCGAUAAAAGAGAAUGAGACGAUGGUAGAGGAGAUGGAACAACAAAUGCUUCAACUCCAAAGAAAAAUUACAGAGAAAAAGAUGUAUCAUGAAAAGGCCAUCUCUACACUAAAAAACAACAUGCGAUUCGGAAGGAUUUAUAAUGAAAAAUGGGCACGGAUCGAGGAUGACCAAUACUCUUUCCAAUCAGAUUGUCUUAAGAAGAUGGAGCUAGACAAGAUAACUUUUGCUAAUAACGCAUAUCGUGACAAGAAAGCUGUUACAUCAUUCUCGUCUGGGAAACGAGAGAUUAACGUCCAUAACCUAAACCAUCGGAUGUUACACGAGGCAAAAAGCAUGGAUGGUGAGCGAAGCCUCCUCAAGAUGCUGAAUCCAAGUAAAGAUGACGACUCCUAUCAGUUUUCUAUUAACCAAAUUGAAGAUCAGAUGUGGAACUUACAAAGGUGGAUGAAAUGGCCAGAAUAUUACAAUAACCAAGGGACAAUGGACAGAGAAGAAUGUGAGAGAAAGGUAAAAGAACUUGAAUGGGAGAAAUAUCAAGGAUUUUUUAAUGCUCCUUGUAAAGGUUCUCUAUGGAAUUCAUUACCUUCUACCAAAGUCUUACGCAACCAGAUUCAGGCUAUGGAGACAAGAGAUGAAGAAAAGAGGAAAAUGGUUUUGGUAAGAAGAAAGAAGAUAGAGUCCAAAGAAAGAAAGAUAAAAAAGGCAGAGAAAGAGAUCAAGUCUAUGAAUAAAAUGGUGGAGAUGAUAAGCAACAGAAAGCAGAGAGCCUUGGAAGCCAUUUCACACGAAAAAAAGUUGUGUAGUAUUUGAAACUUAAAACCACAGCUCUCUGCUUGUUGACUCUCGCAUUGU